AUGCGUAAUCACGCAAUUUCUUCCGAUACUAUCACAAACGAAACCAUUAUUACCGAGAUAACUAAUAACGAAAGUAUUCUUACUGAGAUUACCAACAACGAAACUACCAACGAGACAUCACAACACCAACAAAAUCAUGAUAAUAAAAUUGGUCAAAUCCAUGAUAAAAAAUUUACUUGGGAAGAACUAGCUAAGCAUAACACACGUGAUGAUGCUUACGUUUCCAUUCGUGGUAACGUAUAUGAUAUUACUGGUUUUAUAACUCGACAUCCGGGCGGUGAAGAUGUUUUAUUAUUUGCGGCUGGGAGAGAUGCUACUCAAAGAGUUGAAGGAUAUUUCCGAAAAAAUGGAAUUGAUCCAAAGAAUAGUCCAAGCAUUUGGAUUCGUUAUGCACUUAUUUAUGGAAGUCUUAUUGGAUCUUAUUAUGGACAAUUUUAUAUAUCAUCAAUUGUAGAGAGGACUUGGUUACAAAUUAUAUUGGCAAUUAUACUGGGAUUUUCAUGUUCACAGGUUGGAUUAAAUCAAUUACAUGAUUCAUCACAUUUUUCAGUAACACAUGAUCCUUUUGUCUGGAGGAUACUGGGAGCUACACAUGACUUCUUGAAUGGAUGCUCUAGUCUCAUAUGGAUGUAUCAACACGUUCUCGGUCAUCAUAUUUAUACAAAUAUUGCGGGAGCUGAUCCUGAUGUUCUUACACAUGAUCCUGACAUUAGACGUAUUAAACCAAAUCAACGAUGGUAUUCACGAUAUAUAAACCAACACAUAUUUGUACCAAUUUUAUAUGGUUUUUUAGCAAUUAAAGUUCGAUUUCAAGAUAUCAACAUUGCAUAUAUAAUUGGAUCAAAUGAUAAUAUAAGACUUAAUUCUCUUACUAAUUGGCAAACUUUUAUAUUUUGGGUUUUAACUCUUUUUGCAAUUUCCGAUGCUAUUGCGUCAUAUUGGUUAGCAUUAACAUUUCAAGCCAAUCAUGUUGUUGAUGAAGUUGAAUGGCCCCUUCCUGAUAAAAAUGGACUUGUCAAAAAAGAUUGGGCUGAAAUGCAGGAAACUUUCUGGGAGGCAAUUAGUUCUCAUAUAGAAUUUCUUAAAUUAAUGAGUAUAAAUCCUAAUGUUGAUGGUAAAAUUGAUAAAACUGAUUAA